CUGAGCGAUACAUAGUUGCGAGUAGCUGCCCUCGCGCGCGUGACGUCACGUUUCCACAGGUGCAGUGCAGCUAAUGUGCGUCCCAAUAUCCAAUUUUAGCAUCCAAAACACUGUGCUAUUCUAGGCCAUAGUGUCUGUUACGAUGGCGUCAGGUAGACAUGGUGGGGUAUAGCGGUAGUAAACAGUGUUUAGUAGUAAUCCAGAGUGCGUGUGUUUGGGACUGGGACGUGCUGUACUGGAGCUGUAUGAGGAGCGUGUGCUGUCGAGGGAGGAUUUAAAGCACGCAGAUAGGAAUGUCGCCGGAAGGUGACCGCCUGAGUCACGGUUUUGGUUUGUUCAGUUGUUUUCGAAUUCACACCGGCGUUUAAAAACACACUUCGCUAAAUGGAAGCGUUUCACGGGAUUUAAACUGCGCUGCGAGUCUGAACAACAACAUGGGGUUGAACAACAGGUGAAAUAAUCUCCUCUUGGCUGUAGCUGUCAAGCAGGCCUAGUAUGGAGCGUCGAUUUGGGAGGCUAAGUAGGCAGGGAACGUCAGAGGAACUCCCUGAGCUGAAGGAGGUGGCUGAAGAGGUGAGUUGCCAGAUACCAGUGGUUUCUGUGGAAGAUGUGGAUGGAGCCGUUGAGGACUCCUUCGAGAAUGAAGAGGAGAACGUGGGGAGGAUGAGGAAGACCGCACAGGAAGAGGCAACAGACAGGGAGAAGGUGGCUCAGAGGCAGCUCAUGGCCAUCCGAGAGCUGGUGGACACGGAGAGGAACUACCUGAAGUACCUACAGAUUUGCACAGUUACUAUCCGCAGCAACCUACAGAAGCUACAGCCCCCACUGGUCAAUCUGGAUGGAAUGUUCCAGAACAUUGACAAAGUGAUGGACGUAUCCGUUCGACUCCUGAGCAUCCUGGACCAGGCACAUAUGAAACCCAGUGAUCCUAAGUACCUUGAAACUCUCUGUGGUUCUUUCCUGCAUAUGUCAGAAGACAUCGAGAUGGCGUACAAGGAAUAUCUGACCAACUAUAAUAACAUCACUGCUAUAGAGGAAAGCUAUAAGCAGAAGGAAGCCCAGUGGCUCGAAAUGGAGAAAGUCAUCAAGUCCUCUGUACCAGAUGUGAAUGCCUCCACUCUCAGCUUCUUCUUGGUGAUGCCGGUACAGAGAAUUGCCCGCUACCCCCUGCUGCUGCAGACCAUACAGAAACACACUGAUACCCAGCAUCCUGCCUACCUCCUGCUGGAGCACACCGCGCACACCGCCGUCCAGCUCAACUGCAGGAUUAACGAGUACAAGCGCUUCCGUGAAGUAGCUGAUAAGUACAAGAAGACCGAAACCCUGACCAUCAAAGACAAGAUCAACCGACUGAGUGGUCACAGCAUUGCUAAGAAGACAGCCAGACUGGGCCAGUACAUUAAACAUGAAACUGGUAUUGUACCAAAGGUAAAGGAUGAAGAGUUUGAUGCCCUUGCAGGCUUUUUCUUUGUUUUGGAGAAAGGUGUCACAGAGCUGCAGGCCAACAUGGCAGCCUAUCUCAGCCAUCUGCAGAGGUUCCUCAGCUGUAGUCCAGAGGAGGUUGACUUGGACCUGGAGGGCGAGAAGGCCGCCCUCUUUUCAAAGGAAAUUUUUGUCGCACUCAGGCAAUGGAUAUUCCCCGUUUAUGAAGGCCGACUGAAGACUCUGGUAUUCAAACCAUUGUCCUCUCUACGUGAGCUGAUGGCCGGGCCACACAACCUCAUCCGCAAGAGACAGGACAAGCUGCUAGAUUUCGAAAUAAUUGAGGAGAAGAGUAGCUUGAACUAUGAUGAGCAGGCCAUUGCCAACACCUACAAGACUAUUAACACACUGUUGGUCAACGAGCUGCCUCAAUUCAAUGCCAAAGCCAUGCAGCUGCUGUGGGCCACUCUGGGUACCUUCAGCUGCCUGCAAAAGGACCUGGCUAUGGACAUGGAACUGCUCGCCACCAGCUUUACUCAUCAGCUCCCACACACUCAUCUAGACAGCAAUGCAUUCUGGGAGUGGGCAGAGAGGUCAGUGCUGGAGGGUGCCAGGAAGCUGGAGACGCUGUGUCAGAGUGUUCAGGAUGAGCUCAAUGCUCCCAUUGUGCAGCCUGUUGUCACAGUGUCUGAGAAGCGUCUGAAACAGUUGAUGGACAGACAUGGCACAGAAAAGCUCUACCAGCUGGUCGGCCCUGUGGUGGCUACGCGUGACCUUGACCUCAACCUGAGCAAAGGUGAGCUGGUGGCUGUGAUCAGUGAAAUGGACACACGAGGGGACAGACGCCGCUGGCUGGUGGAUGCAGGAGGUCCCAGGGGUUAUGUUCCAGCAUCGAAGCUGAUUCGCUACAACACUGUUGGCAUGGCACAGCCUCCUCCUCCUUCUCCACUUCUCAGCGCCACAUCCAGUGGUCCAGGAACAAGGAGGCACUCGUACACACCAGGAAUUCAGCCUGUCAUCACCAUGGCUACACCCUGCUUCCAGGUGUUUGCUGCGUACGACUUCAUGGCACGGAGCAGCCACGAGCUGUCCCUGCGGGCCGGAGAACCAGUGCGGGUAGUGGAGCCCCACGAUAAGCGGGGCAGUGCCGAGUGGAGUCUGGUGGAGGUGCGAGAUCAAAGAGGCUACGUCCCCUCUAACUACCUCGCCAUCCUGCCUUCAGUGGUGGCAUCACCCACCCUGCCCUACCACUAGAAUCUACCACCACAGCAUGUAUGCAUGGAGUGCACAGCACAGCAUGUGCCCUCCAAACAAACCACACACUGGUCACCCCGUGUGCACACUGACUGAAGGGCUCUCCAUGUGAGUGUGGGCAGGUGAUGAUUCUGCUGUCCAGUCUGCUGUGAGCUGGAGGGGUGCUUGGGCCUCAUCGGGAGUCUCGUUUGCACAUCAGCUUUGUUUAAAGCUGCUACAGAGGGAACCAUUUGUCAGAACCACACUACCAGGUGGAGAUGAGCUGUGCGGCGCUGAUGGAGUGUGUUGUGUGGGUUUAACAGACUCUUCAGCAGAAUUAUUUGUCUGUGCGAAUCACUCUCUGACUGAGCGUGAUGGAGGGUGUAGGGUGAUCGAGUGAUAGGACGGAGGGAUGGAAGGGCAGUUGAAUGUGGAUCUGAAGGCAUGAGUCAGUGCUGAUCAGCCUGACUGCCAUGCAGAAGGGGACAUCAUUUUUGAACACUAGAAGACUGUCAGUGUUGCAUUGCGAGGCUCAGUACUGAUAUUUUUAUUUGAACUAAAUGUAAAAUUUGAGUGAAAUGUAUAGAAGGUACUGGAAUGUUUUUUAUUAUGUGACACUGGUAUGUAGAUAUGGAAGUGUAUACUCUUCAGAACAUUGUAAAUAUUUGUUUAAACCUAGAAUUAUGAAUAGCAAAACAUUACUCUAUUUUAACACUGGAUUAGUAUUGCAUUGUAGUUGUGUUGGCAUUUUUUUUUUGUUGCACAAUAUGUUGCACUGAUUUACCUACUGAGCAUUUUAUUGAUUAACAAAACUUCAGAAGCAGCGACUGUUGCAUCAAAUGCUUGCUGCAGUGUCUGCCCACCUGCAGUUGCCGUAGCGCUCCACUAGGGGCAGCACAGCUCCAUUCUCGCAGGCUGUCCAUUCCCUGGAAUAAGCUUAUUCUGUCCACUGAUUUACUCACCUCUGUUCUCAGAAGUAAUCAUGGACUCUCUCUGCUGUCCAAUGUUGUGUGGAAUUGCUAUGUGGCCAUACUAAAAAAAAAAAAAAAAAAAAAAAAAAGCAUUGUGGCUUCUGCUGUAAGCAUUACCUCAGUUAGUAUUGAGCUUAAACCAAGAAAACAGACUGGUAGAAUAAUCUCUGGUAAGAAGCAGUCUGUCCUUCUGUUCCAUGGUAAAGCUUUACUCUGAUACUGGAAUCAUUUUAAUUUAUUUUACCAGUCAAAGCCUUGCAAACUUCAAUGGCAAGAACAUAAAUUGCUUAUUUGAACUUAUUAAAUUGUCCAGUUGCUCAGAACAAUUCCUUUUUCUCAUUUUUUUGUAAUCUCCCCCCCAUUAUAAUCAUGCCAGUGAAGUAUUUAUUGACCUUCUGGAAAUCCGCUGAUGUCUGGAGCCUUACAUAUAUGAAAUGGGGUCUGUGUGUCUGAUUAGGAAUUUAUAUUUGAAAGCAGAAACCAGGGUUUGAUGCUGCAUUUAUCUCAAACGCAGCUAUUCCUGUGAGAGUGUGUGAAUGUCACUGCACCACCAGUGAUGGCUGUAUCGUGCUUGCUGCACACUGUGUGUGUGUGUGUGUGUGUGUGUGUGUGUGUGUGUGUGUGUGUGCGUGUGUGUGCGCGUGUGUGCGCGCAUGGAUGCAUGUUCUGUGUUUGUUGCUGUCUCCUCCCUCAGCCAUUGUUGCUUGUCAGCAAUGAUUUGAUGCAUUGACUCCCUUCAGCUACUGCCCCCGCACUGUGGCACAACACACUAUAAAUACAUUUUUCUCUUCAGCAGGCUAAAAAUAGCAUCUUGUCGGUAGGAUCCCUCUGCCAUGCUGCACUCCCUCUGUGACGCCGUUUGCACGUCACAGAACACUGCGUCCAUUAGUGCGUGCGUAACACUGAUUUGUACCUCCCAUUUUUUUAAACUAUCCUUUUAAACCCAGGGUCACAUGCUAUGGUAAUGCAAUAUGGCUUCCUUAUGUCUUCUCGUGUGUGUGUGUGUGUGUGUGUGUGUGUGUGUGUGUGUGUGUGUGUGUGUGUGUGUGUGUGUGUGUGCGCGCUUAGUGUUGAGUACCAUGUGCAGAUGUAAUCAGCUGAGAGUAAGAGUUUUAUAGGAGUAUAGAAAACCUAGUGCUAGAUUGGAUUUGUCCAUUUUGGUUGCAAGAGGCACAUCUGUAUCCAGUACUCUGGAGAACGUGUUCAUUCCAGUGGAGCGAGUGGCCAUCCUGCUUCUAAGAAAGCCUCAGCACAGUUCUGCUCAGAGCUGCAGUACAGCCUGGGCUUAAAGUCGCUCCAAACGAUGUUGGUGAUCCUUCUAACUUCCACCAGACUUGCCACAGAAAGAGCCCAUCUCCUCACUUUAGUCCCUUAAUCUAAAACUCUUUUCAAAGCUCUGCUCAAUGGUAUAACCCUGAAGCAUCAUGUUCCAGAAAGGAGUGCAUGCGGUUACACACUUAAUUGUAGAUCAGUAAAUCACCAUCACUACCAUCACCAUGAUUCAGUUUAAAGAAUUAACUAGAUUUUAAGGGACCUGGUUUAGUCCUGUGCUCCUGAGUUGUCUGUGUGGAAUGUUUCACUUUCUCUCAAUGUGCAUGUGUGUCUUGUCUGGGUUCACAGGUUUCCUUUCAAAACCAUGCCAGUGACUGGAUUGGCCAAGCUAAAUUGCCCCUGUGUGUGAACUGUGUGCUGCAAUGGACUGACAUCCCAUCCAGGGUGUAUUCUAACCUCACAGCCAGUGAUCCUGCGAUGGGCUCUGGAUCCACCUUGCUGACUGAAGAUGUAAAAUGACCUAGGCUAGGUUAAAAUUCUGCAACCAUAACUGUGCUUUGGCAAGCAAUGGCACUUCCAAACAAAUGAAACGUGCAGAUAAACACCAGCAGAAAUCAGACAUAGCUAUGAACAAACUAUUUGACAGCAUAAGUGAUUAUACCAGAGACCUUACUAAACAAAAGAAUGACUUCUCACUUUGCAAUCGAGGCCAUUUGGAUUAUUUAGAUCCCUAGAAACACACUUGAUUUGGUCUGCGGUCAUUCUUAUUCCUGUGUGGAUGAAUUACAAACACCAAUUCACACCAGCUAGCACGUGUCACACCACCACCUUCAUUUUGAGUAACGUUUCAAUCCACAUUCCUGCUGGUUUCAUCUCCAACCAAAAUGUAACAUACCUGCUUUAGUCAAUCAAGAACUUUGUUAAUGCUAUGGUUAUAUGGACAGGUGGGCACAAUUAAGGUUGGAGUUCAAGUCUUCAUGAAGGUAGAUCUCCAGAAACAGGGUUGGUGACCACUGCUUUAUACCAAGACAAUACCACACACUGUACUGUAUAUUGUUAUGCACGAUAAACAACCUAACUAUCUACACUGUACAAAAAGUCAUCUUGGCAAGUGGAAAUAACUUUAUUUAUCUAGUAUUUAUUAUUACAAGAUUACAAUAAACCAAAUAUCCAUCCGUCAAUCC